AUGCAACAUGGAACUUUAAUACUUGAAGAUGGUUCUGAAUUCAAUGGUUUUAUAUUUGGAGCGUCAGCUAAUGCUACCGGUGAAGUCGUCUUUCAAACUGGUAUGGUUGGUUACAUUGAAUCAUUGACUGAUCCAUCUUAUUGUGGACAAAUUCUAGUUCUUACUUUUCCACUUAUUGGCAACUAUGGUGUACCCGAUGAAAAAGCUGUUGAUGGUUUUGGUAUACAGCGAUGGGUUGAAUCAAAUAAAAUCCAUGCAUCAGGAUUAAUUGUUAGUGAUUAUACAGAACAGUAUAGUCAUUGGAAUGCUGUUGAAUCUCUUUCAUCAUGGCUAAAAAAACAUAAUAUUCCUGGUCUUUAUGGAAUUGAUACACGUACAUUAACUAAAAAGCUUCGUAACCAUGGAACAAUGCUCGGAAAAAUUGUUAUGAAAGGAACUGAUCCAACAUCAAUUCAAUUUCAAGAUCAAAUUGAAGCUAAUCUUAUGAUACAAGUUUCUAUUCAAAAACCAUACGUAAUCAAUCCAACAGGAAACAUAUCUAUUGCUUGUAUUAAUUGUGGUAUGAAAAAUAAUCAAUUACGAAUUUUAUGUCAACUCGGUGGAAAAGUAACAGUCUUUCCAUGGAAUUAUUCUGUUAAGCCAGAUGAAUUUGAUGGUUUAUUUUUGAGUAGUGGUCCCGGUGAUCCAGAAAUUCAAUGUCCAGAAACUAUUAAAAUUAUUAAAUCAUGGAUUACAAGUGAAAUUAUUAAACCGGUAUUUGGUAUUGGUCUCGGACAUCAAUUAAUGGCUUUAGCUGCUGGAAUGACAAUAAAAAAACUUAAAUAUGGACAUCGAGGUCAUAAUCAACCAUGUUUAUUAGAAGGAACUCCAUAUUGUUUUAUAACAUCAGAAAAUCAUCGUUUUGCUGUUCGAACAUUAGCUAAAGAUUGGAGUGUUUUAUUUACAAAUCAAAAUGAUCAAUCAAAGGAAGGCAUUAUUCAUGAUUCAAAACCAUUUUUUAGUGUUCAAUUUUAUCCAGAACAUUAUACCGGAACACAUGAUACAAAAAAUUUAUUUGAAAUAUUUCUUGAUAUUGUUCAAUCAUAUAAAUCAACUAAACCAAUUAAUACUGAAAAGUAUUUAGUUGUACAAUUAACAAAACGUGUUAGUGAUGCUAAUGCACCAUCACCAGCAUUUUUUAAGCGAGUAAACAAAGUUUUAAUAUUAGGUGGUGAUGAUUUAACUAUUGGACAAGAAGGAGAAUUUGAUUAUUCUGAAAAACAAGCAAUUAAAGCAAUGAAAACAGAAAAUAUUAAAACUGUAUUAAUCAAUUCAAAUUAUGAUAUAGCUCUAACAUCAAAAGAACUUUCGGAUAAUGUCGUAUCUGUACCAAGAACACCAACUCCCAGUUUUGGUAAAGAAACGGCAUUAAAUUGUGGUGUUAAAUUACAUGAAGAAGGUAUUCUUCAAAAAUAUUCAUGUAAUAUAUUAGGAACACCGGUUCAAUCAAUUCAAAUUACUACAGAUCGAUGUUUAUUUACACAAAAAAUGUCUGAUAUUGGAGAAAAAGUUGUACCACAUAAAGUUGUUGAAUCUCUUGAAGAGGCAUUGAUAUCAGCUGAACAACUUGGUUAUCCAGUUGUUGUUCGUGCUACUUUUUCUGAGAGUCAACGUAUAUCAUGUUAUGUUGAUAAUCGUGAAGAAUUAAUUUCUUUAGUUCCUUCAAUAUUAACUGAUUUAUCACACUCAUUAAUUGAUAAAUCACAAUCAUCAAUUGAUAAAACACUUAAAGGUUGGAAAAAAAUUGGAUAUGAAGUUGUUCGAGAUCAAUAUGAUAAUUGUAUUGUUAUAUGUAAUAUGGAAAAUAUGGAUCCAUUACCACUUCGUACUGAUUAUUCAAUUGUUAUUGCACCAAGUCAAACAUUAUCAAGUGAUGAAUAUAAUUUAUUACGAAGUGUAUCAAUUAAAGUUGUUCGUCAUUUGGGUAUUAUUGGUACAUGUAAUGUACAAUUUGCAUUAAAUCCAUUAUGUAUGGAAUAUUAUAUAAUUAAAGUAAAUGCAGGGUUAUCUUGUUCAUCUGAAUUUGCAUCAAAAGCAACUGGUUAUCCAUUAGCAUAUAUAACAGCUAAACUUGUACUUGGAUUAAAUUUAGUUGAAUUGACAAAUAAUAUAACGAAUCAAACGUGUGCUUGUUUUGAACCAAGUCUCGAUUAUAUAGUAAUUUUAAUUCCAAAAUGGAAUUUAGAUAAAUAUGAUCAAUAUUCAAACAAAAUCGAAAGUAGUUCAAAAAAAAGUACCGAUGGAGUUACCGAUGGAGAUAAAUCCAUCGGUAGAUCAUUCGAGGAAGCUUUUCAAAAUGCUCUACGAAUGGUCGAUCACGACAUAAUUAGUUUUCAUUCAGAUGCACCAACUAUUGCAGAUGAAGAAUUAACAAUUUGUCGUGCUGAACGUGUUCUCAAUAUAGCAACAGCUAUUCGUCAAGGUUAUACAAUAGAACGUCUAUUCGAUUUAACAAAAAUUGAUCGAUGGUAUUUAUACAAAUUUGAAGCAAUUAUUAAAUUUAUUGUUGAACAUUCUCAUCCAUCAACUAUUAAACAUAAAUUCAUUUUACGUGAAGCAAAACAUUUAGGCUUUUCCGAUCAACAAAUUGUUAAAUACUCACGUAUUACUGAACUUAAACUUCGUGUAUUAUAUGACCAAUAUGGUAUUCAACCAUUUCGGAAACAAAUUGAUACACUUUCAGGUGAAUAUCCAGCAGCAAUAAAUUACAUUUAUUACACUUAUGAUGGACAGGACGACGAUACAUAA